AUGGCUAGCUAUUCGAAAAGUACAAAUACGACGUACAACUCUACAAUGGUGUACAAGACGUGUAACGCUAAGAAAUGUCUGUGUCCUUUUAAGGAGAAACGCAACUAUCAUAUAGAGUUCGGAAUAUGGGAAAUAAUACUGUGCCACAUAUGCAAUUUAUAUGGAACACAUAGGAUAUGCAGUUUUCUUAAAUGUUUCCAAAAUUGGCGCUGUAAAACAUGCAAUGACGAUACAGGUAUGGAAGAAGAAAAAUUGUUGUCUCAAGACAGAGGCAUGGCCAUACAUCACAUGGGUGCCCUUUCGGCAACUGUACCCGAUACUUCUGCAGGGAUCUUAGAAAGGCGUACUUGCACUAUUGAAAAAUGUCUAUGUCCCCAUAAACAAAACCGAAAUCAUCAAGAGAAGUUUGGAUCAUGGGAAAUACUACUAUGCAGCACAUGUGGUAUUCAUGGUACACAUAGAAUAUGCAGUUUCGUUAAAUGUUUUCAAGCAUGGUACUGUACAGCAUGUCAAGCCAUACCCAGCGGCAAUCAUCAAACUAUCUAA